GGAAGAAAAGAAAUACUAACAAUGGAAUUUCAUAGAUAAUUCAUUGAAAUCUUUCUUGCAUUAAAGACAUUUAGCAGACGACGACGUAUAGUCUUGUAUCCAUCAGCCAUAAAAAACUAAAAAGAAAAAAAAAAAAAAAGAAAAGGAGAAAAGGUUACGGAGCAAAGUAGAUGGACCCCGUUGGUUUUCAUUUGGGUUCCUCUCGAUCCAUGGGACCUCUCUUUCAGUCCGUAAACCUUUUGUUUUUUGAAAGCAGAGUUUCAAAUUCAAUGAUUUGAUACCUCAAAUCCACGCCCAUUUUUAUCAGGGGUUCUGAUGUGCUUAAAACGGUGGACUUGAUUUUUCAGAUCGAGUUGUUUUAUGUAUAUAGAGUUAAAAGGGGGAAAAAGAAGAGAAAAGGAUGGCUUGGUUUAGCGGGAAGGUGUCUUUAGGAGGCUUUCCUGAUAUUGCUGGGGCAGUUAAUAAAUUCCAGGAGAGCGUGAAGAAUAUUGAGAAGAAUUUCGAUAACGCUCUCGGUUUUGAAGAGAAGUCUGAAUCAAGCAGCAAUGAAGCUUCAGGAUUGUGGCCUUCAGACAGAAAGGCAAUCUUUGAUCCAGUUAUGUCCUUUAUGGGUCAAAAAGGUGAGGAGAAUGUUGUUGAGUCAUCAGGAAAACUUGAAUCUUCACAGGAUCCACCCAAAGCUGUGGAAAAGGAAGAGGCUGAAACUGACAGUUCAACUUAUCCUCAUGAGAAAACGUCUGUUGAAGAUGAUAAAGCAGCUGUCAAGUUAGAAAAAGAGAACAAACAUUCAGAGGCUGUGGAGAGAGCCGAUACAGCCAUUUCAGACUCUGGUAAAGCUGAAUCAGAACCAGAACCAGUUUCUACCGAGCCUUCUCAAACUACCUUGCAGAAUGUUGGGUCAUCAGAUUCCCCUGACACUGAACAACAAAAAGAAAGCUUUGUUAUGGUCAUUUCUGAUGACUCUGACUCCAAGGAAGCUAAAUUAGAUAAGGCAGAAGUAGACCAAGUUGAGGAUGCUGAGCCUGUGCCAGCAAAGUCAAGUGAUGCUGUUGACAUACUUGAAAGUAAAGAUGAACAAAAGACACACACGGAAGAGAUUUCAGAUAAAAGUUCUCCAGUUAAAUCAGACGAAUCAAGUGAUUGGCAAGAUGAUGCCGGUGCUUGCCCUGAAGAGUCGGUGCUCUCAAGUUCACAUUCUAUCAGUGUAGAGGAGACUAACAGUGUUCAGGAAUUUCCAUUGGCCAAUGUGCUUCCUUCAUAUGAGGCUCAAGGGAUGGUUUCUGAAUCAGUUUUUGUUGGAAAUGAUGCAAAUAAUGAAAAAGUUGAAGUGAGUGAGCAGACCAAUGAUAGUGAAACUGAUGUUAAAGAAGAAAUGCACUUGAGUUCUGCAACUAUCAUGCCCUCCUCAGUUGAUUCUAUGCAUGAAUUGGAGAAGGUGAGGAUGGAAAUGAAAAUGAUGGAAUCUGCAUUGCAAGGUGCUGCAAGGCAAGCUCAGGCAAAAGCUGAUGAAAUUGCAAAGCUGAUGAACGAGAAUGAGCAACUUAAAGCUGUAAUUGAGGAUUUGAAGAGAAAAUCCAAUGAAGCAGAAAUGGAGUCAUUGCAAGAAGAAUAUCAUCAAAGGGUUUCAACUCUGGAAAGGAAGGUUUAUGCCCUUACUAAGGAAAGGGAUACUCUUCGAAGAGAGCAGAAUAAAAAAAGUGAUGCUGCUGCUCUUUUGAAGGAAAAAGAUGAAAUAAUUAAACAAGUAAUGGCUGAAGGUGAAGAACUUUCAAAGAAGCAGGCUACUCAAGAAUCACUGAUCAGGAAACUAAGGGCUCAGAUUAGAGAGCUCGAAGAGGAGAAGAAAGGUCUGACUACAAAGCUUCAGGUUGAAGAGAACAAGGUAGAGAGCAUCAAGAAGGACAAGACAGCUACAGAGAAGUUGCUGCAAGAAACAAUUGAAAAACACCAAGUUGAACUUGCAGCUCAGAAAGACUUCUAUACAAAUGCUCUGAAUGCAGCAAGGGAGGCUGAAGCACUAGCAGAGGCACGUGCCAAUAAUGAAGCAAGAACUGAAUUGGAGAGUCGUCUAAGAGAGGCUGAAGAACGUGAAUCUAUGCUAGUACAGACACUUGAAGAAUUAAGGCAAACCUUAAGCAGAAAGGAGCAGCAGGCAGUCUUUAGAGAAGACAUGCUUCGCAGGGACAUUGAAGAUCUUCAAAAACGUUAUCAAGCAAGCGAGCGUCGGUGUGAGGAGUUGAUUACACAAGUACCUGAGUCUACAAGACCACUUUUAAGGCAGAUUGAAGCCAUGCAGGAAACAACUUCCAGAAGAGCAGAAGCUUGGGCUGCUGUGGAGAGAUCUCUAAACUCUCGUCUCCAGGAAGCUGAGUCAAAAGCAGCAGCUGCUGAAGAGAGAGAGCGAUCUGUAAAUGAACGCUUAUCUCAAACCUUAUCACGAAUUAAUGUUCUUGAAGCUCAGAUUUCAUGUCUAAGAGCAGAACAAACACAGCUAAGCAGGUCCCUUGAGAAAGAGAGACAGAGAGCUGCUGAGCAGAGACAGGAAUACCUAGCAGCAAAGGAGGAAGCUGAUACACGAGAAGUUCGGGCAAACCAGCUUCAGGAAGAAAUUAGGGAACUAAGAAGGAAACAUAAGCAAGAGUUACAAGAUGCUCUUGUGCAUCAAGAACUUCUACAACAGGAAGUAGAAAGGGAGAAAGCUGCUCGGGCAGACUUGGAAAGGACAGUGCGUGUACAAUCUACAGAGCUAGCUCCAAUAGCAAGGCAUAAUUCCACUUUGGAGAAUGGAAGCUUGUCCCGGAAACUCUCUACUACUAGCAGCAUAGAAAGCAUGGAGGAAAGCUAUUAUCUGCAAGCAUCUUUGGACUCAUCUGAUGGUUUCUUUGAAAAAAGAAAUAUUGGAGAGACAGCAUUAAGUCCACUCUACAUGAAGAGCAUGACACCUAGUGCUUUUGAAUCUGCCCUUCGUCAAAAGGAGGGUGAACUUGCAUCCUAUAUGUCACGUUUGACUUCCUUGGAGUCUAUCCGUGACUCUUUAUCCGAAGAGUUGGUGAAAAUGACUGCACAGUGUGAAAAGUUGAAGGCAGAGGCUGCCACUUUGCCUGGAAUCCGGACAGAGCUAGAAGCUUUGAGGCAGAGACACUCCGCUGCACUGGAGCUAAUGGGUGAACGCGAUGAGGAGUUAGAGGAACUCCGAGCUGAUAUUGUAGACCUGAAGGAGAUGUACAGAGAGCAAGUUAACUUGCUUGUGAAUAAGCUACCUGGCUGUGGUUGACAGAUCCAAAGAAUGAAUUCUUCAGCGGUUAACACCUCGUAAGCAUUUUUCUUAUUAUUUUUGGUGGUAUUCCAAGACGCAAUGUGCAUGGUACAGCUGAAGUAGAUAUGGUUAAUGCAAUGGUCAUUCAAAAAAUUAUUGUUUUUAUAUUAUCAUUCAUUCAAGACUAUGUGCUUUAUCCAAACGGUUGGCUCCUGAGAGAUUGAGGGAGCAAGUGCCUUUGUCAAACACUACAACGUAUUGUAGUUUGUUGUAAAGAACAUGACAAAUCUGUUUUACCUAAUUGUUCUUUAUAUCUUUUUUCAUAAUAAAGGGGAUAUUUUUUAUGCAUUAUAUAUAAUAA